CCCAAAUAGGUUUCCACGAAACACCGUGUAUUGAUAUUUAAAUUCUUACAACACCGACUGCGCAAAAUUUCCACUCAUAUCCACAAAUCAUUCGAUCUUAACCGGCUCCAAAUUUCAACUCCACUCAUCACGCAGUAACACACAUUUCUCCCCGACAGAUGGUCCUAGCCCAUCGCUCCGGACGCAAUGUUUUCCAAUAGGAACUACAAAAUCCUCACCUACAUCUUUGGUUGCAUCCACAUCUUUCUGGUACUGGUCGUGCUCAGCCAAGGGGCGGUCCCCAUUGUGACAGACUGGAUCUCUGCCGUGUCGAUCAUCACGCCAUGUGCCUUGAACAUCGUUUUCUCGCUAUUCUGGAUGAUCGGAACUGGGCUGAGACGACCGGCAAUGAUCGAUUUGUUCAAGUACUUCACCUACUGCCAGAUGUUAUUGAUUGCGGCCCUUACGACCUGGUUCAUCGUCCAGUGCAUCCUGAACGGGGGUCAAUUUCACCUCUACAUCAUGAUCUUCAUCGUUCUUUCUCUGUUCGUGCUCUCGAUGAUCGAGAUCUUCGUGGCCGUUGGAGGGCGUCGAGCGGUGCUGGGAGAACUGGUGGGAUCUCGUAUGAGAGCCGUGGAGAUGACGGAGUGGAAUAGUUGAAAUUAACCCGAUUAAAGGGAAAUAGUGAACGCACAGCAUUUAUACCUCGAGAGAUUAAUAUUAUUUAACCAACUGUUAAGUGUUAAUGGCCUACGAAACUGAAAGCUUUAAACGUUCGUGCUUCCUAAGUGCUAACAAAUGCCUUUUGCAGCUGCCUUGAAUAAAAAGAGAAA